AUGGACGAGGACUUCGAGAUGCCCCCCACCGGCGCCGACGAGAUGAUGGGCGACGACGGGAUGGGCGACUUCGGUGGCGACGAGGGCCCGGUGUUGAAGGUGGGCGAGGAGAAGGAGGUCGGCAAGCAGGGGCUCAAGAAGAAGCUGCUCAAGGAGGGCGAGGGCUGGGAGACGCCCGAGGUCGGCGACGAGGUUGAAGUGCAUUACACGGGCACACUCCUUGAUGGAACAAAGUUUGACUCAAGCCGUGAUCGCGGAGACCCCUUCAAGUUCAAGCUUGGACAAGGUCAAGUGAUAAAGGGUUGGGAUCAAGGCAUCAAGACCAUGAAGAAAGGAGAAAAUGCUGUUUUUACCAUUCCUCCAGAGCUGGCUUAUGGAGCAUCUGGUUCACCUCCAACUAUCCCACCCAAUGCAACCCUGCAGUUUGAUGUUGAGCUGCUUUCAUGGACCAGUGUCAAAGAUAUUUGCAAAGAUGGUGGCAUAUUCAAGAAGAUUCUUAAAGAGGGGGAGAAAUGGGAGAACCCAAAGGAUCCUGAUGAAGUACUUGUGAAAUAUGAGGCCCGUCUCGAAGAUGGUACUGUUGUAUCCAAGUCUGAGGGGGUUGAGUUCACUGUAAAAGAUGGGUACUUUUGUCCUGCCUUGGCCAAAGCUGUCAAGACCAUGAAAAAGUCAGAGAAGGUGCUCCUUACAGUAAAGCCACAAUAUGGAUUUGGUGAGAAAGGUAAACCAGCAGCUGGAGAGGAAGGUGAUGUGCCACCAAAUGCCACUCUGCACAUUGACCUUGAGUUGGUUUCAUGGAAGACUGUCACAGAAAUUGGUGAUGAUAAGAAAAUCCUUAAGAAGGUUCUCAAGGAGGGAGAAGGUUUUGAGCGUCCCAAUGAGGGUGCCGUUGUUGAAGUUAAAAUUACCGGAAAGCUUCAGGAUGGCACAGUGUUUACGAAGAAGGGGAAUGAUGAAGAGCCAUUUAAAUUCAAGACCGAUGAAGAGGAAGUUAUUGAUGGUCUUGAUCGUGCUGUAUUGAACAUGAAGAAGGGCGAGGUUGCUCUUGUCACGAUUCCUCCUGAAUAUGCAUUUGGUUCAACUGAUUCCAAGCAGGAUCUUGCUGUUGUUCCACCUAACAGCACAGUGGUCUAUGAUGUUGAGCUUGUUUCAUUUGUGAAGGACAAGGAGUCGUGGGACUUAAACAAUGAAGAGAAGAUUGAGGCUGCUAGUAAGAAGAAAGAGGAAGGGAAUGCAUUGUUCAAAUUGGGCAAAUAUGCUAGAGCUUCCAAGCGAUAUGAGAAGGCUGCCAAGUACAUCGAGUAUGAAAGUUCAUUCAGUGAAGAUGAGAAGAAGCAAUCCAAGCAACUGAAGAUCAGCUGCAACUUAAACAAUGCUGCUUGCAAACUGAAGUUGAAGGACUACAAGGAAGCUGUGAAGCUUUGCACCAAGGUUCUGGAACUAGAUAGCCAAAAUGUCAAGGCUCUCUACAGGAGGGUGCAAGCGUACAUUCAACUUGCUGACCUAGAGCUAGCAGAGGCCGAUAUCAAGAAGGCACUGGAAAUCGAUCCUAACAACAGAGAUGUGAAGUUGGAAUACAAGACCCUGAAGGAGAAGAUCAAGGAGUACAACAAGAAGGACGCCAAAUUCUACAGCAACAUGUUCGCUAAGAUGACAAAGUAA